UUUAGUUCUGUCCUACGAAGUUUCUGUCCUUAGACAUGGAUUAACAUUGGGUUUCAGUCUCAUCAUUGUUAUAACUAGCAAAGAGUGUUGCACAACUAGUCCUGUGGCUGAUCUUUUCCUAAAGCAGAUCUAACAAAGCAAUAGAUCGAGAGGAUGGGCAAAACUCAAUUGUAUAGCAGUGGUUUAGAGUUGGCAAAUUUCGUGGUGACCCUUGAUAUCUUUCACGAUGCAUGGACUGCAAUUUGGAGUCUAUACACAGAAAUCAGUCAGAAUGAAGGACCAUCUUCCUUCGUGAGAUUCAAAGUUUAUGAGCUACCAAACUAUACCAUUAUAGCGUUUUUCACCUGGCCCUCUAGUAGCAAAGACUCUGUUCAGGGUGGGGGAGGAGGAAAUUUAGUUUCAUCUUCAACUUUUAAGGGGUCUUUUCCUCUCUUUGAUUUCCUGUGCCCCAGACCCAAAGACCCAGAUAAUCAAAAAAACAAACCCAAAGAUGACCCAAGUUUCUCCAUUAACGAAACUGCAUUUCAGCUUUUUAAAUCCAUUUUUGGUGUGCUCCCGAAAUUUGAGAUUGACAAUUCCAAACAAUUAAUUAUCACUGGAAACUCUUUGGGAGGAUCUGUUGCCACUCUGUUCACCUUAUCACUGCUAGAAAAAUUCAAUUUUUCAAAAAACAAAGGCCCACUUUGCAUCACUUUUGGUUCACCCCUUAUUGGUGAUGAGAAUCUGCAAGAAGCUAUAUCUAAAUAUGCAGCAUGGAACUCUCGCUUUUUGCAUGUAGUUUCCGACCAGGAUGUAGUUCCCAGAGUCUUAAUUAAUGGUUACCAGCCUUUUGGCACAUUUCUCUUCUGUUCAAAGCUGGGUUGUUCUUGUUUUGAGGACCAUCAAACCAUUUUGGAGUUGUUAACAGCAACCAAUUCAGGAACUCCUGAAAAUGAAGAUCCUAAUAAAGUUUUUGAGUCCUAUGGAACAUUUGUGAAGGAUCUCAACCGUAAGGUAAUUUGCAAGGAUACUACAGAUCAUGAAUCCUUAAUUGAUUGGACUACAACACCAUUACGGGCAGGCAUUAUUACACAACUAGCAGCAAUCGGACUGGUGCAAUCACAGCAACAAGAGAACAUUGUCAUUACAAAGACAGAACAAGGGGUAAAAAAGAUGGCAUUUUUAAACCAACAGGCUUUUGAUCCCACCAGGGGGUUGAAUGACAUUAAAGUGUAUAUGGCCUAUCUAGAACAGUAUAAGAAGGUGUCUAAAGACGAAAGAGUUGGAUACUAUGAUAGAUACAAGAAUAAACUUGAUACAAGUGAUAUUAAGGUGGAAGAGCAUAUGAGACGCCUCACAUAUUACUGGGAAGAUAUGGUUGAUCAAGCAGAGAAAAGGCCUCAGACAGUAGGUGCCUCCCUUCGUACCCGUUCACUCUUCGGGGGAACAAAUUACCGAAGGAUGAUUGAACCACUGGACAUAGCUGAUUACUAUAAGGCAGGCAAACAAGACUACAUAAAUCAAGGAAGGUCAAAACAUUACAUAAUAUUGGAGCAAUUGCUGAAAGAAACGGAGAAACCUUCAAGUGGUCCAAAUAAAUUGAAGAAACAGAAUGUGGCGUCAAGUCUGACAGAGGAUUCUUGCUUUUGGGCACAUGUUGAGGAGGCUCGCAUUUCAUGCCAAUUGCUGAGUAGCGGAGAGUCAAGUGAUGAGAAGAAAGACUCUGCAAAGAAAGAACUGAUUGAGUUUGAAAAGUAUGUAUUUGAUUUGAUGAAAAAUUAUGCAGUAUCUUCCGAGAUUUUCUUACCUGGGAGCAGCUUCAUGAAAUGGUGGGGAGAGUAUAGAGAGAUUACGGGAGCUUCUUAUAGCUCUAGGCUCACUAACUUACUGAAGAAUGAAAACAAUUACGAGGCAUAUGCUAAUGGCUCCCUAGAGUUUCCUUUAAAUUUUGUAUGACAGAGAUUUGCAUAUUUCAAUAUCUAUGUGUGCACUUCCCAUCAAACAUGUGUGGUAUUUCGAAGUCAUUACCCAAUAAAUUGUAAAUUAAGGACAUCAUCUUCUCAACUUUUUAAAUUUUUGUAUAGUAAAUUUUUCAGUCUUUCUUUUGCUA